AUGGCGGACGGAUUGCUUUCAGCUAGUCGAAGUUUCCAUCACAAACACGACGACGUUGGCGUUAUUACCGAAUCAUGCACAGUUUAUCAUAGGCGAUGGUAUAUUUUAGUAGUUUUCUCUCUGAUCGCAGGAGUGCAAGCAGCUGUUUGGAACACAUGGGGGCCAAUAACUGGCUCCGCCGAAGAUGUGUUUGGAUGGUCAGAUGGGACGAUAGCGUUACUAGAAAAUUGGGGGCCAAUUGCAUAUAUUAUAUCGUUCUUGUUGUUUUCUUGGCUCAUGGACAUUAAAGGUUUGUGUUUGUUUUUGCUAAAAUUCGUGGAGGUUGGGGAUCGGAUUCUGCAAGAUUUUGCUAUGACAAUAACAAGUUAUUGCGUGCACGUUUCAUAGCUCUUUGCGCGCGUUUACAUCCGCUGCAAUAAUCCAUGUUUAAAUUAUCUUCAAAAACAGCUUGUACCACUAGUAACCCUGCAAGCUUUUAGAUGAAACUACGCUGCCGAGAUCACUGUUUCAGGUUCUUAGUCAGGGAGUAGGGUCUUAUAAGCUUAACAAACUGGUUGAUUUCCUGUUGUUCAGACGUUCACUAAACGGGUUAUUUAUAAGUGGCCAUCAGCAGUUACUGUAUCAAUCGACACUAGCUUUUAUAAAAUAUUCGUAACAAUAUCGAUUGAUGUUAUAAAAUACACGACAAUGUAAAUGUCUCUAUUAGCUAGAUAAAUCUGAAGAAAAAAACAGCUCACUUGUUCAAGUUUAUAUAUUGCAUAACAGACACAUGUAAAUCUUUUAAAAGAAAAUUUACUGCAAAAACCACAGGUAACCCAGGCUCGCUGUUUGUGUCACGUACGGGUUUCAUAACGUGAGUAAACAUAGAGAACAUAUGAGGCAAAGUUUAGGUCCGGAAAUUUGCUAGAAAAUGGAAAUAAAAAUCGAUGAAACUUACCAAGUGGCGAGUUGUUGUUGUCCUUAAUAUCCGCCAUUUUAGUAGGUUAACGUAAGAGUUCUACAGAGGCUGCUGGCUUCACAUUGCAAGCUGGAGAUGCUUCUGUGGUUUCAGGGUUUAGAGAAAUUAAAUUAAAUUAAUUUAAUAUAGAAAUAAAAGUAUUAAAAGUCUUGUUAUUUACAUGUCCUAUCUGCUGCAUUUUCUGUAGGUCUGAGGGUAUCUGUACUCGUAACAAUUGCGCUAAUGUUCGUUGGAACAGGGUUACGUUGUAUCACAUCAGAACCAAAGAAUGCUACAUGGUGAGUGACUUGUUGGUGUAUUUUUUUAUUCUUGGUCCAAAUAAAAACAUGUUUUGUUUCAAAUUUAUUGUUGUGUAUUAUAUUGCUAUACCCAGAUACAUAAAAAUGACAAAUUUGUAAAAUUUGCUCCAAGGAUGUAUUUUAGCCUUUUAUUACAGUUUUUAAAAUGUCCAGAGUGGUUAUGUCUUUGGUUUGUAUUUAUUGUAUUAUUUUUAUUUUAUUGUCACAUGGUUUUAUUCCUGGCCUUUCAGCUCUUCGUCAAUCAUACCCAGCUACAACAUUCAGUUGACCUGUGGAAUAUUGUAAAAAAUUAUGACAUCCCCUUUUUAAGAAACAUCCUUGUCUAAUAAAUGCCUCCUUUCCCUUUACAAUGUUAAAUUUGUAUUGAUCAGUGCCCCUCUCUGAUAAACACCCCCUGUCUAAUAGACGCCCCCAUGACAAUUUCUCCACAAAUAUACCAGCAAAUAACAAAAAGGAGCACAUUAAAGCAUCUUGUUCAAUGUCAAAUUCAAAUGACGACACAAUGGCCAAGAAUGAAGACUCGGACAAUGAAGUUGAGAUUUGAAACAGAGAUAUGGAUCUCUAGACAAUUAUAUAAAUGUAGAUAUAUCACUGGAUCAUCUGGAUAUUCUGCUAUUUUAUUUAUUUUAAUUUAUAAACUCCCUUGAUAUUUUCACCAAAAACAUAUUAGUUUUGUUUAGCUUGUUAAAACCAUAAAAGUAGACGCUAAAUGCCUCCUAUCUAUUAAACACCCCCUCUUACCCCUAAAAUUAACUAGACGCCCAGGGUGCUUUUUAGAAGAUCAAUUUUAUGGUAUGUCCAGCAAACCUGUCUAAUAAUGGAAAAUUAUUUUUAUUUAAUGUAGGUUGAUCCACAUAGGUCAAUUUCUCAAUGACCUCGCUGCACCAGUUGCCAUGGGAGCACCACCUUUAGUGUCGUCAACAUGGUUUCCUCCUCAUCAAAGAGCAACAGCGACAGCAAUUGCUUCAUUAAUGAGCUACGUUGGAAUAUCUGUGUCCUUUGGUGUAGGCCCCUUUGUUUUGAAUCCCUCAGAAGUGGCUGAACCUCCUAAUGCGACCAUGCUUGAUGUGGCAGAUGUUGAUAAUAUUACAAACAGUUAAGUUUUACCUGUGGCAAAGUCAAAUGCUUGCAAAAAUUUGCUUUUGAGUACUGUAAUGAUAUAGUUGACUUGUGGUUCAACUUGUUCUGUGGUUCAAAAAACAUGAGGAGGACUAAAAUGUUUCUUUGCUCCUCAUCUUAGAUUAUUAUGGUUACUGUAAUGAACCUGCAGACACUAGCUAAGAAAAUUUAAGUAGAAGUCAAGCUGGCUUGAGAAUUUUUGUCCUUUAUUAUUUGGUAAAGACUGAAAUUAAUUCAGCUCCAAUUCUAAGUGAAAAAAUAUUAUAAAUGUUUUUGUCGUUAUUAUUGUAAAAGCCAUAUGACAGCAAAGAGGUUAAUUACUGUCUUGACUUCUUUCAAUCAACUCUCUCAUAUUUUUGGCCUUCCAAUCUUUAAAAGUUUCAUCUUUUUUGUUUUAAAUGGUCAUGCUUUAAUGUUUAGUACUUUUUUUCCUCAUAGAAAUGCCUUGGAGUGAAGCAGUGUCCAUUGCAAAAAGACACAUUAUGUUGUAUAUGUAUAUAGGUAAGUGGUUUUAAUUUGGUUAAUGUGAAAUUAAUGAUGUCACGUUUAUUUUAAAAGUAACAAAAUAUAUACUUUUUUUCAGACCUUCUGGUUAUUGUUACUGUAGUACAAUGUGAUGAUUUUUCUUUAACCUUUUGUGGUCUGAACAAAAAUUUUUCCCAUCAUGAUCAGCUGUUAAUAGACUAGUAGUUUGAUCCUGAAAUCAACAAAACUCUUGAUUGCUUAUUGCUUAUUGAGACAAUACUUAACAGUGUGCCCCAGGCUCCUUAAGUGUAAUAGUGUAAUCAUGUGAUUAAUGCUUUUGUAAUGUAAUAACCUUGUUUGUCUUCUGCCUUCUGCAGAGUUUGGAAUAGUGUGCCUGUUGUUUCUCUGUGUGCUGUUAUACUUCCCAGCAAAACCUCCAAAGCCACCCAGCUUUUCUGCAGCAAAGAAGAAGGUUGAUUACAUAGAAGGCGCAAAGAGGCUUAUGAAGUAAUGUACACAGUCAACAUAUAUUAUUGUUAUUAUGUUUUACACUAACUCUGCAUCGUUCCUGUCAUUUCUCACCCAUUUUUCCCAAUUUCUGCCACCUUUCUUCGAUCCAUCCCUAUUUCCUUUCUCCCUUUUCCUGCUCUAUUUCUCUCAGUUCCUGCUCUGCUUUUCCCACUUCCUGGACCAUUCUUUCAGUUUCUUCCUAUUUCUCCCAGUUCUUGCACCCUUCCCCUUUAUACAGUUCCUUCCCCUCUUUUCCGAAUUUGCCCUGCUCCCUUUUUACCUCUUCCUGCCCCAGUCUCUCAGUUGCUUGUCCUUUUUUCCCAGUUCAUAUUUCCCAUUUUCCAGCUCUUUUCACUUUCCCCUUUUAUCUGUCCCAUCUGUUCCACUUUUAUUUAUUUUCCAGUUUGUUCUCUUAUUUGUCCAGCUCAUGUCCUUUCUUUUAUGCAGAUCAUGCCUCCUUUUCUCUCCUUUCUUUUAUGCAGAUCAUGCCUCCUUUUCUCUGUUCCUAUUUCCUUUGCCCACUUUCCAUUCCCAUUACUCCAUCUUCUCAGUUCUUACCAUCCAUCUCUUUUUCCCAAUUCCCUUGCCCUUCCUUCCAGUUCCAGUUGGUGUUCUGUUAGUUCUCUCUUUGUACUUGAUGUAACAAGCUUUUUUGUUCACUGGGAUGAAACAAUGCCGGGGGAGUUAAACCAUUGGGACAUGGUUGAUCAAAAUUACCCAAAUUAUAAAAAAAGUGAUUUUUGUUUUUACUAUUAUAACAGAAACUGGCAGUUCUGGAAUUUGAAUGUACUCUAUGGGUCCACAACAGGUAAUGAACUUGCAUACUGCAUUUGCUCAAAUAACCACCAAAUCUUAAAUAAGCUCCACCUCAGUUGAAAGUUAAAAAUUUACAUUGAAGGAUUUGUAUGGAGAACUACUCAACCGUGAGUGGAUGGCAAGAGUUGAUUAUCCAAUACAAAUCCUUCAAAUUUUUGGCAGUCGUCGUAAUUGCUAAUUUUGAGAAUCAUAUAUGAUUGAAAAUUUAUAGGUUAGGCUAUUUAAAUAUGCUCUUUAAGUUCCUGAUAGAAGCAUUUUUCCAAAAAGAAUUGUUUUCUUGUUUACAGAAGGUUGAUCACAUGACCAACUAUUGACCAACUAGAAAAGGUCUAUUCAGAUUUAUCCUGACUUUCAUCCUUGAUGGUUCUUUUUUUCUGUUAUUGUUCAUUCUUCAUUAGCUUAGUGCACAAUGUAAAUAUCUUAAAUUGUCAUUUUGAAACCAUUUUUGUGUUUUAUGGUAGGUGUUUUCAGUGGAUGGGGCGGAGUUCUGGCUGUAAACCUCCUUUCAUUUAACUUGAAGCAAGUAUGAUACAGAUAAUUUAUCUCUAUCUUCUAUGAAUAAACUUUCAGGCAAUGUAUUGAUGUAGUUAAAAGAUACUCAUGGUGAUCAAUGACAGCCGAUCAAAUCUUUCACACUGAGCCAACGAUAUAAACUAUCUCAUACCGAAUGAUUGAUGUUAGCAGCGUCUGAACAGAUCUGAGCAAGUUAUUUCUUCCAGUCCAUAUAUAUUCAAUUUAUAGUUAAUUAUAGACACGUAAAUGUUUAAAUUCAGUUUUAUUGCUCUUAGCACGUGUUAGAACCGUGGUAGAAUUUACCACGCUAGGUUGCCCUCCGUAAUCUUUCCGAAAUAUGGUAAUGUUGUAGAAAGGGAGAAAACAACAGUGAAUAGAUUACUGAGGGCAACCAAGUGCGGUAAAUUUUUGCGUGCUGCAUGGGAAUUUGAUGUUGUGCUAAACUCGAAACAGUAGGAAAUCCCAGAGUAAAAAAUUAUCCAAAUCUAUCACAUCGCUUCAUUAUUUACUAAUUUUGCGCCUACGUUAGGCAACUUAAAAUGUUUCAAUGGACGCAUCUUAUAGUAGACUGAUCAAUUGCAGCAAUGAAAUUUUUUUAAGAACAUUUAUUGUCGAAUUUUGGUUUAAUCGCUGUUUUCAGGAAAGUGGCGUUAGAAAUUACAAAAAGAGCUCAGCAUUGUGUUUUACCCAGAUUCACAUGCUUUCAUGUUUUUCGAAAUGGCGCAAGUCUACUUGCGUUUAGCUGAUUGUAGAGUGUAUUAGGGAAACAUCUAAAAAGUAGAAAAUUAAGGUCUGAGGGUAUCUGUACUCGUAACAAUUGCGCUAAUGUUCGUUGGAACAGGGUUACGUUGUAUCACAUCAGAACCAAAGAAUGCUACAUGGUGAGUGACUUGUUGGUGUAUUUUUUUAUUCUUGGUCCAAAUAAAAACAUGUUUUGUUUCAAAUUUAUUGUUGUGUAUUAUAUUGCUAUACCCAGAUACAUAAAAAUGACAAAUUUGUAAAAUUUGCUCCAAGGAUGUAUUUUAGCCUUUUAUUACAGUUUUUAAAAUGUCCAGAGUGGUUAUGUCUUUGGUUUGUAUUUAUUGUAUUAUUUUUAUUUUAUUGUCACAUGGUUUUAUUCCUGGCCUUUCAGCUCUUCGUCAAUCAUACCCAGCUACAACAUUCAGUUGACCUGUGGAAUAUUGUAAAAAAUUAUGACAUCCCCUUUUUAAGAAACAUCCUUGUCUAAUAAAUGCCUCCUUUCCCUUUACAAUGUUAAAUUUGUAUUGAUCAGUGCCCCUCUCUGAUAAACACCCCCUGUCUAAUAGACGCCCCCAUGACAAUUUCUCCACAAAUAUACCAGCAAAUAACAAAAAGGAGCACAUUAAAGCAUCUUGUUCAAUGUCAAAUUCAAAUGACGACACAAUGGCCAAGAAUGAAGACUCGGACAAUGAAGUUGAGAUUUGAAACAGAGAUAUGGAUCUCUAGACAAUUAUAUAAAUGUAGAUAUAUCACUGGAUCAUCUGGAUAUUCUGCUAUUUUAUUUAUUUUAAUUUAUAAACUCCCUUGAUAUUUUCACCAAAAACAUAUUAGUUUUGUUUAGCUUGUUAAAACCAUAAAAGUAGACGCUAAAUGCCUCCUAUCUAUUAAACACCCCCUCUUACCCCUAAAAUUAACUAGACGCCCAGGGUGCUUUUUAGAAGAUCAAUUUUAUGGUAUGUCCAGCAAACCUGUCUAAUAAUGGAAAAUUAUUUUUAUUUAAUGUAGGUUGAUCCACAUAGGUCAAUUUCUCAAUGACCUCGCUGCACCAGUUGCCAUGGGAGCACCACCUUUAGUGUCGUCAACAUGGUUUCCUCCUCAUCAAAGAGCAACAGCGACAGCAAUUGCUUCAUUAAUGAGCUAUGUUGGAAUAUCUGUGUCCUUUGGUGUAGGCCCCUUUGUUUUGAAUCCCUCAGAAGUGGCUGAACCUCCUAAUGCGACCAUGCUUGAUGUGGCAGAUGUUGAUAAUAUUACAAACAGUUAAGUUUUACCUGUGGCAAAGUCAAAUGCUUGCAAAAAUUUGCUUUUGAGUACUGUAAUGAUAUAGUUGACUUGUGGUUCAACUUGUUCUGUGGUUCAAAAAACAUGAGGAGGACUAAAAUGUUUCUUUGCUCCUCAUCUUAGAUUAUUAUGGUUACUGUAAUGAACCUGCAGACACUAGCUAAGAAAAUUUAAGUAGAAGUCAAGCUGGCUUGAGAAUUUUUGUCCUUUAUUAUUUGGUAAAGACUGAAAUUAAUUCAGCUCCAAUUCUAAGUGAAAAAAUAUUAUAAAUGUUUUUGUCGUUAUUAUUGUAAAAGCCAUAUGACAGCAAAGAGGUUAAUUACUGUCUUGACUUCUUUCAAUCAACUCUCUCAUAUUUUUGGCCUUCCAAUCUUUAAAAGUUUCAUCUUUUUUGUUUUAAAUGGUCAUGCUUUAAUGUUUAGUACUUUUUUUCCUCAUAGAAAUGCCUUGGAGUGAAGCAGUGUCCAUUGCAAAAAGACACAUUAUGUUGUAUAUGUAUAUAGGUAAGUGGUUUUAAUUUGGUUAAUGUGAAAUUAAUGAUGUCACAUUUAUUUUAAAAGUAACAAAAUAUAUACUUUUUUUCAGACCUUCUGGUUAUUGUUACUGUAGUACAAUGUGAUGAUUUUUCUUUAACCUUUUGUGGUCUGAACAAAAAUUUUUCCCAUCAUGAUCAGCUGUUAAUAGACUAGUAGUUUGAUCCUGAAAUCAACAAAACUCUUGAUUGCUUAUUGCUUAUUGAGACAAUACCUAACAGUGUACCCCAGGCUCCUUAAGUGUAAUAGUGUAAUCAUGUGAUUAAUGCUUUUGUAAUGUAAUAACCUUGUUUGUCUUCUGCCUUCUGCAGAGUUUGGAAUAGUGUGCCUGUUGUUUCUCUGUGUGCUGUUAUACUUCCCAGCAAAACCUCCAAAGCCACCCAGCUUUUCUGCAGCAAAGAAGAAGGUUGAUUACAUAGAAGGCGCAAAGAGGCUUAUGAAGUAAUGUACACAGUCAACAUAUAUUAUUGUUAUUAUGUUUUACACUAACUCUGCAUCGUUCCUGUCAUUUCUCACCCAUUUUUCCCAAUUUCUGCCACCUUUCUUCGAUCCAUCCCUAUUUCCUUUCUCCCUUUUCCUGCUCUAUUUCUCUCAGUUCCUGCUCUGCUUUUCCCACUUCCUGGACCAUUCUUUCAGUUUCUUCCUAUUUCUCCCAGUUCUUGCACCCUUCCCCUUUAUACAGUUCCUUCCCCUCUUUUCCGAAUUUGCCCUGCUCCCUUUUUACCUCUUCCUGCCCCAGUCUCUCAGUUGCUUGUCCUUUUUUCCCAGUUCAUAUUUCCCAUUUUCCAGCUCUUUUCACUUUCCCCUUUUAUCUGUCCCAUCUGUUCCACUUUUAUUUAUUUUCCAGUUUGUUCUCUUAUUUGUCCAGCUCAUGUCCUUUCUUUUAUGCAGAUCAUGCCUCCUUUUCUCUCCUUUCUUUUAUGCAGAUCAUGCCUCCUUUUCUCUGUUCCUAUUUCCUUUGCCCACUUUCCAUUCCCAUUACUCCAUCUUCUCAGUUCUUACCAUCCAUCUCUUUUUCCCAAUUCCCUUGCCCUUCCUUCCAGUUCCAGUUGGUGUUCUGUUAGUUCUCUCUUUGUACUUGAUGUAACAAGCUUUUUUGUUCACUGGGAUGAAACAAUGCCGGGGGAGUUAAACCAUUGGGACAUGGUUGAUCAAAAUUACCCAAAUUAUAAAAAAAGUGAUUUUUGUUUUUACUAUUAUAACAGAAACUGGCAGUUCUGGAAUUUGAAUGUACUCUAUGGGUCCACAACAGGUAAUGAACUUGCAUACUGCAUUUGCUCAAAUAACCACCAAAUCUUAAAUAAGCUCCACCUCAGUUGAAAGUUAAAAAUUUACAUUGAAGGAUUUGUAUGGAGAACUACUCAACCGUGAGUGGAUGGCAAGAGUUGAUUAUCCAAUACAAAUCCUUCAAAUUUUUGGCAGUCGUCGUAAUUGCUAAUUUUGAGAAUCAUAUAUGAUUGAAAAUUUAUAGGUUAGGCUAUUUAAAUAUGCUCUUUAAGUUUCUGAUAAAAGCAUUUUUCCAAAAAGAAUUGUUUUCUUGUUUACAGAAGGUUGAGCACAUGACCAACUAUUGACCAACUACAAAAGGCCUAUUCAGGUUUAUCCUGACUUUCAUCCUUGAUGGUUCUUUUUUUCUGUUAUUGUUCAUUCUUCAUUAGCUUAGUGUACAAUGUAAAGAUCUUAAAUUGUCAUUUUGAAAUCAUUUUUGUGUUUUAUGGUAGGUGUUUUCAGUGGAUGGGGCGGAGUUCUGGCUGUAAACCUCCUGUCAUUUAACUUGAAGCAAGUAGGAUACAAAUAAUUUAUCUCUACCUUCUAUGAAUAAACUUCCAAGCAGUGUAGUGAUGCAGUUAAAAGAUACUCAUGUUGAUCAAUGACAAUCAAUCAAAUCUACCUUAUAUCGAAUGAUUGAUGUUGGCAGCGUCUGAACAGAUCUGAGCAAGUUAUUUCUUCCAGUCCAUAUAUAUUCAAUUUAUGGUUAAUUAUAGACGCUUAAAUGUGCCUAUUUAGCGUCAUUGCACCCAGCACGUGGUAGAACCGUGGUACCACGCCUGGUUGCCAUCCGUAGUCUUUCCGAAAUAUCGUAACGUUGUAGAAAGGGAGAAAACAACAGUGAAUAGAUUACGGAGGGCAACCAACUAGCGCGGUAAAUUUUCGCGUGCUGCAUGGGAAUUUGAUAUUGUGCUAAACUCGAGACAGUAGGAAAUCCCGAGCAAAAAAAUAUCCAGAUCUCUCACAUCACUUCAUUAUUUACUAAUUUUGCACCAACGUUACGCAACUUAAAAUGUUGUGAUAGAUUUUAUUCGAAACCAAUAGAUCUCUACAGUAACGGGCUUCUAUUCCGAUACACUUGCCAAAAACGAUAGGGUUCCACAAAAGUAACGGGCUUCUAAACCGAUACACGUGCCUUCAACAAAAUUACAAUUCUCUAAAUCGAAAAACUACUCCGUUCAAAGUGUCACAUGAUCACGUGUUCGAAACGUGAUCGGCUACAUCUAAGGUCAAAAAAUGUCACGCGCGAAAAGUAACACAAAACUCCGUGACAAAUGUUUCAAUGGACACGAAAAUAGGGCGUCUUAUAGUACACUGAUCAAUUGCAGCAAUGAAAUUUUUUAAAGAAAAUUUAUUGUCGAAUUUUGGUUUAAUCGCUGUUUUCGUCAAAGUAGCCUUAGAAAUUACAAAAAGGGCUCAGCAUUGCGUUUUACCCAGAUUCACAUGUUUUCAUGUUUUUCGAAAUGGCUGAAGUCUACUUUCGUUUAGCUAAUUGUAGAGUGUAUUAGGGUAAUUUGCAAAACGUGUGAGCGAUAAAACCUUUCCGGAAACAUCCAAAAAGUAGCAAAUUUGUCUGCAUAAAGUCCAGUCUUCAGUUCAUGCAUAAUUUAUACCCUUUUUGUAGAAACUGCAAGAUAUCUCGAAAUUCCUCUUCUGUGAAACUUCGCAAAAACGGAAGUAUGCGCAGCGUAAAUCAUUUGCAAAGUUCGGGUUGAUGAGGGCUGAAAUUCGUUUAAAGCUAAAACCAUUGUGACGACAUUGACACAUGAUAUUUAUUCCGAUCGCCCAAAAAAUAAUAUCAUAAUAAAGUUUAAUCCAUAUGUAAUAUUGGUUUUACCAUAAAGAUCAAUUUGUUUAUGUAUAAGAGAUUCAAAGAUGGAAGGUGUCGCUACAGAAUUAUUGUAUCGAGCCACCUUAAGCCCCGUUUUCAAGGGCACGUUUCUCAAUAGGAAAACUGGCCAAGCAAUACACCAAGUAAUGAGCAAACAGUGCGCGAAUUUUAUUAAUUUGACUGAAAUACUUCUUAUUUAUGCUCAGUUCAAAUCGGUGCGGCACAUUAUGAUAAUGUUUAAAAUGAUCAUUACUUGUGGAGUACUUUCAAGUAUAUUGCACCAAGUACAUCAGUAAUUUUAUGUUACAUAGUGCGCCAACAGUUGUUAUUUAUUUCACUCUUUAUGUGUUCAGGAUACGGCAGGAUGGAUUGGUUUCUAUGCCAAUAUAACAGGCUGUAUUUUUGGAUUUAUCAUGGCUAGGUAAUGAAGUUUACAAGUAGUACCCAGGGGGUAGAGGGUGGGGUAUUGAUGUUGUAUAGAUUACUUUUGUUCUGAGGGAGGAGGGGGUUAAUGUUAUACGGUUUAUUUUGAUUCUUAUGGCAUUGAUCACAGGCAGCCUAAGUUGACGAGUGAAAAUCACUGUUGAAUUUCAUAACGUAACUAUAUAAGUUGUACGGUAUUUUAUUGUGCGUUGAUGUCAUGUUAGUUUAUUUCAGAGUGAUUCUAGCACGUUUUUAUCCUGGCGUUGUCCUCUUUAUAUAUCGUUUACUAUUAUACUAUGUAAACUGUGGAUUUGGAAUCAAAUGGCGACGUCCCAGCUUACUGUUAAUAUGGUUACACAUGUGCAGAGAACACUUGUGUUGUCUUUUCCUGCCAGCAGAGGCACUUUUCCCUGUUAUUCGGUGGGCCAAAUACCAGGGAGAAGUAGCCUCUGCUAGCAGGGAAAUGUUGUCUUCCAUCAUCCUCAUCAUUUAAUUCAUUUGUUAGCCCUAAACCGAGGAUAAACCGAGGGUAAAUUGAGUCUUCCUGACUUAGCGCAUGGACUUUUUAUCUCCUAUUUAGAGAAUUUAAGGUCUGAUUGGAUAUGGCUUCGUUUAAAUAUUGUAGUAUAGAUCAUAAUAGGACCGGUUGUGAGACGUCGCGCAUAACCAAUUUUAAUUUGAUUCAUUGUUAGGUUUGCGGAUGUAUUUACAGGACACAUGAAGUUGUUUCUCAUUUUUCUUUUCGUGGGUUCUACUGGCUCCUUCCUCUGGUUUUCUCUGCUCUGUCAAGGUCUUAUUCCGUUUGGAAUAGGUACGUUUUGACUACAUCCGUUUGAACACCCCGUUUGUCUCUGUUCGUACGGAUCGCGUCUUUUUUAGACGUAAUCGGAAACCUAUUAGGGAGCUGAAUAUGCAAAAACGACCGCGACGUCUACGAAAAUGUCACUUAAAAAGUGUGUUUGCACUGCUUUAAACUUUAUAGCGCUUAUUCGAACUCGUUCAUGUCGUCGAAUUUUGGAGAAUAUCUCGGGAGUUGAAUUCUAAAGAAAAAGAGGGUCGUUUUUUAGUGUUCACGUCCUUCACAAAACGUGAAAUUAAUGAGUCAGUUUCAUGUUGUAGUUGUACAACGACUACAAAGACUGAAUAUACAAAAAAGCGUAAUGCACGUGCAAAGAUAGGAAAUAGAGCAAUUUGAUUAGUUUAUCGAACGGAUACAAACGCGCGUGGCUUUUGGUUGGUUAAGCGAACGCUCUGGUGAAAAAACGUCAAGCCCGAGAACUUUCUAGAAAUCAACCGAUAGUUCGCUUUGACGUCAUACUGCAACACGAUUGGCCAAUCGAACAAUGCCUUCUCCAUAUUAGGGUUUUCUCUGGCGGGAAAACGAAGAGUCCAUGUUUUGAUCUUCUCAUCCAUUGGCUGACAAAACAAAUAACGAACACUUACGGAAACCAUUUUUCAAGGUCGAAAAUCGCUCUAUUGUUUUGCUUUUAAACCUAUUGCUUUUUUUGCCGUUCUCGUUGCUGUCACCGGCGUCGUUGCUUAAGCUCCCCAAUAUUUUAAACUUUCCUCAUACUUUAUUCGUGUUUUUUUUUUCUUUUCCACCUUCAGUUUGGCUUUACAUCUCAGCUGUUCUUGGUGGCUGUUUUAUCAAUGGCUCUAUCCCUCUGUUUUAUGAACUUACAAUUGAGACAACUUAUCCCAUCGCUGAGGGAAUUCCUAUGGCUGUAGUUACCACUUCAAACCAUGUGGCCUGCUUGCUGUUCUUGGCAGCUCUUAUGAUCCCUGGUAUAGGUAAGUCA